AUGCUGGCCUCGCUGGAGCAUUCCCUGCCACAUCUUCCAGCUUGUAAGGCGGUUGCUGGAGGGCUCGGGAAAGUCAUGGACUUAAUCGCGAAGCAUCAUCCAACAGACAUCCUCAUGAUCCACCCGAAGGUUGCAGAGGACGACAGGGUGCAGUACUCCAAUCUGGACGCGGAAGAAUCAUCCAUCCAAGUCCGUGUCGACGGCAGCUUGGAGACCGUCAGGGUGUACCGAUCCAAACCGGUUCGCGAGCACGACGGAGUGCGAAGGCAGUUUCUGUUGCUUUCUCAUCCUUGGUUUGAGGAGCGUGUACGGCAGUCGUUAUAUCCGAAUCCUCUGUCCCGCAGAAAGGUACUUCAGUUCUUCUCCCUGUGGAAUCAAUGUGUUGGUAAGCUGUUGGUUGCAUAUUCUCCGGAUGUGUUUCACUGUCCUGACUUCCACUCAGCUGUUGCUCCGUGGUAUGCUCUACCAGCAUGCCCGCAGCUUCGGAUGAUUUUGGUACUUCACAAUGCAGAAUACCAAGGCUCAAUUGCAACGGAUAUGCUCACCUCAGAUCAGCUUCAGGUCAUGGCUGAAGUGUUCAAUCUGCCGAAGAUGUUUGUCAAGCAACAUCUUGUGUUCGAAGGGCGCUUCAACAUGCUGAAGGCUGCCGUGGACUUCCUGCUGGAGAAGCAGCAAGGGGUUGGAGCUUGUGCAGUUUCUGAAUACUAUGCUGCGGAGUGUCACUCCAGGUACAGCGUUUUCUGGAGGCUUCCAAAGUUCCGUGGCCUUGACAAUCCCAUGCUGGAGGAGGAGCGGGCAACUUUGCGAGUUGACCUCAAGACUCAGAAGGGCGAAGCCAAAGCCCGAUGCCAAGUGCGUUUCGGCUUGAAAGAAGACCCAGAUGCCAGGCUCUUCGUUUCACUUGGCCGUCUUGUUAGGCAGAAGGGUGUCGACCUAUUAGCAGAUGUGACAGAGUGGCUCCUCUCCACCUACCCCCAGGCCCAGCUGAUUGUCAUUGGGCCACCAGCUGAUGGCUUUGGCUUCUACGCGGCACGAAAGCUCGAAAAACUUGCGGAGGCGGCAGCCUUCAAAGGGCGGCUCAGUGUCUGUUGCGAGUUCCUUGAAGUUCCAGAGGACCUGAAAUGGGCCAGCGACUUUUGCUUGAUGCCCUCGCGUGAUGAGCCAUUUGGAUACGUAGACGUGGAGUUUGCGUGGCGCGGAGCCGUGAUUGUGGGUGCUCAGGCCGGUGGGCUGGGUAAAGUACCCGGCUUCUAUUAUGUUGCGCAGAACAGAGAGAGCCUAACGCGGCUGAGACGGGAGCUGCGAAGCGUCAUCUCUGCAGCGAUGCGCGCAGGGAGCUCUGCUCUCCAUGCCCUGUCCAGACAGGCUUUGCAGUGCAAUUUUCCUGUGGAGGACUGGCAAAAGAGAUUGCUUGACCUGUACGAGCAGGUCGCCGAGACGCGUACGCCGCGUGACCUCGGAGAGCUCGGCCUCGGGUCACCUGCGAGGUUGUCGGCAACUUGGUUUCCUACACACCACGCAGAACUGGGGGAGUCUGUGGAGGCUUCAGGCCCUUCGGCUGUCUCCUUCGCUGGCUCCUACCUGGAAAGCCAAGACGGGUCUCACGAACUGCCCACCGAGGAGUUCAUCCUUCGCCAGGAGCUGUCCGAGGAAGAGCUGAACACGCUGGUCAGAGCCAAGCUGGAUGUUUUAGAUCAGGAUAUCGAGACUGUCUUGCGCAGCAUCGGUUCCGACAGAGACCUGGAGUAUGAAACAAGUCCUGUGUCAAAGUGGCUCACGGGCCACUGGCUAGGAACUGCCCGGAUUCACUGGCUAGUGUCAUGCGGAUACAUCGCAUGCCCACUAUCAUCAUUGCUGAUUCUAGUCGUGGCCACAGAAUGGGGGAUUCGAGGUUCCACGGAGCUUCCGGAAUGGUUUAAGCGGUUCCCAUGGUUCAAGACUGUAUUCGGCAAUGGAGGCUUGGACCCACCCAUUUUGAACAUGCUCUUGUUCUCGACCAACGCCCUCUCUACAGCCCUGGGUGCACCGUUGUGGACAUUCGCCGCCUGCUGGAUACAGCCUCGCAGGCUGCUAGCAGCUGCCAUGCUUUUCCAGGUCCCUGUCCUGCUCACAAUGCUCGUGGUUCAUCGGCCCAAUGUUUCACUUGCAACAUCCGUGGUGUUUCUGCAAGGUUUGUUCAGCUCUGGCUCGCUGCUCUUUGUGGCAUUCAAUUUCAUGCUCUCUAUCAAAGCAGACAUCAGCCACGCGGCCAAGCGGAUGGGAAUCUUGGAGAUGGUCAGGAACGCCGUCACAUGGCUCAUCACAGGCUACAUCUUUUUGACAUCGCCUUCAACGCAAGUUGGCUCAGAGGAGCAACCGCUGCCACCUUCGGUGAUACUUCUUCUAACACCCCUGGCAUUGCUGACUUUCUUGGCCACCGUUGUGCCAGGCGCACUUUUUCUGGCGGCUCCGGGCCCAUAUCGCGAAGAUCGAUUACCAGGCUGGGAGCUGAACCUCUUUUGCAAACGGCGGACGUUCAUCAUCCUUUCGCUUUCGGACGUCUUGGGUUGCCUAGCCCUCUUCCCUAGCACUUGUUACAUCCGCUGGUGGUUCGCCAAUGGCUGGAAAGGGCAAGAUCUCGCAUGGCUUAGCCUGGUUUUUGCCAUGCUCCUAGCAGUUGUGACCUAUUGCUGGGCAAAAACACUCGAGCACGCGACAGUGCACGGUCUUGCCCUUUUGAUUGGCAUAACGUUGCUGCUGCCACCAGCGCCUAUGCUGCGUGCUGUUGUGCAGGACGAGGUGUCGACCUUUACGUUCUUUGGUCGUUCAGAUACUGCAUUGGCUAUUUGUUGCUUGUCGCUGAUCCUUGAAGGAAUUCGUUCCUCCUCGGCAUGGGCCGUGAAGGUUCGGGUGCUGAAUUCGAGGUGGAGGCUUCUGAGCUAUGGGACGAUUUCGGUGAUUCUUCAAGGACUGGCCAGUCUGGUCUCUCCCUUCCUCUGCGAAGUCAUUGCACGAAGACGCGGCAGCUCUUUCAUUUCUGAUAAUGAGAAGGAGCUGGCCAACGCAUCACUCGUUUCAGUAGUUCCGCUCUGCUUGGCCCAGUUUGUAGUGCAAAUGUUUGCCGCACCCUGCAUCCGACAAGACCUUGGGGUUGCAUCCUCGAGCUCUCUGUAUCGUAACCCUCCACGUCGCGCGAGCAUAAACCAAGACCGCUGCGGCUGUCUUUGCAGGACAAUGCAAACUUGCUCCAUAAAGCAUGCGAUGGCUUUGCGAAGAUUACCCCCCAGGCUGGCCAUAGGCUGCGGUUGCGGCCUUGGGAUAGCAGCCCUUGUCAUAGAAGUGGUGCUGGUCCAUAAGCCUUUUCCCUUCGAACCAGCUCGGCGGUGUUUACAGCCGGGCAUCUCACGAAGCCUGUGUCGCCUCAUCGCGGACGAGACGGACACACGCCCGGCUGAUACCUUCGCUGAAUUUGGGCGUGGCCCAUACGGAACGAACAAGUUCGGCCAAAGUACGACUGGCAAGUUCAACUGUCACCAGCGAAUGAAGCGGCUCAACGGGAAUACUUUCGCCUUCUGGAACGAAGGCCGCUGCCAGGUGUGGAGCUGCGAUCCUCGCUUUCCUGGGCAGAUUCCGGAUCAGCCACUAGUGGGUGCUGAAAUCUGGUCAAGGCAUUGCAACAUGUCCAUGCAGAACCACAUCAUGGUGCACCUUUUCGAGUGGCCCUGGCCUGCAAUUGCUGAGGAGUGUGAGACAUGGCUGGGGCCUGCUGGCGUCACUGCUGUGCAAGUUUCACCACCAACUGAGCAUGUUCUGGGAGACUCCUGGUCUACGCGAUAUCAACCGGUUUCCUUCAAAUUGGAUUCACGCUCGGGCACACCGGCUCAGUUCUCGGACAUGAUCUCCAGGUGUCAGAAAUCUGGAGUGUCCAUCAUGGUGGAUACCAUCCUGAAUCACAUGGCUUCACCACUGGUGCAAUCACCCAAAAAGGAUCGUGGCAAGAAGUGCGGCCAGUCGGAGGAUACACCCACGUCAUCCAAAGCUCCCUGCGUUGGCUGGUCUGGAACAGGGUAUGGCAAUCGAGAGUUUCGACACGGCACGCUUGGCUUGGACUAUUUCGAGCGGCAAGAUUUUCACCACUAUGAAGGAAAUUUCGAGUCCAAUUGCGGUCUUCCGCCCUGGACGAAUAACCGCUUCUUAUGUGAUUUGUAUGCCCUCGUGGACCUCAACACUGAGAGUGUAGCUGUCCAGCAGCAGCUCCAGAGCUACUUGAAGGUUCUGUUCGAGAGGGGUGUGACCAUGCUGCGCUUGGAUGCGGCGAUGCAUGUCUACCCAGAGUCUUUCCUCAAGAUCCUGGAUCCUUUUCCUUUUGAUUACAUCGUGCAGGAGUUCUUCCCGGGCCCACUGAAGUUCGAGCAGGACACUUUGCGAAAAGCAACCACCGUCGGGUCCCUGACCAACUUCGACUUCGGUCAACAAGUCGCCCAGGUGUUGUUCGACUCAUGGCAGGAUGGAAAGUGGAAGAACAGGACUGCGAAUUUUGCAGACCUUCUCCACAUAGGAUCACCAUCCACAGACUGCGAUUAUGCGAUCUGCAAAACGGUGUACCCACCAGAACAUUCCUUGCUGUUCGUCGACAACCACGAUCAGCAGAGACAGCUUUGGAAGCCCGAGAAGGGCGGACCUCCGGGAAGUCCUGUGUGCCGUUGGAACGGCAAGGAUGUAGCAGACUGCCGCCCAAUCUACAAGCAUGGCCUGGAGUACAAUCUCGCGCAGUUGUUUAUGCUGGCAUGGCCAUAUGGAGAUGCAGUACGGCUGAUGUCUUCCUAUGCUUGGGAGGACUUUGAUCAAGGGCCUCCUGGUGUUCAGCCGGACUCGCUGCACGACAGCCCAAGCUCUCCGCUGAGGAGAUGCAGAACAACACCAAGCACAUCUCCUGUAACCGAGCUUUACGAUCAGGACACAGCACAUCCUUGGGUCUGCGAACAUCGCUGGCAGGGUGUUCCUGGCCUGAUCCGCUUCCGGAAACUUGUUGGCCCUGGUGCAAAGGUCAACCAGUCGUGGUCUGAUGCUUAUGGACAUGUGGCUUUCGGUGUCGAAGAAACUGCCUUCGUUGCGUUGAACCGCGGGUUCAACUGGGUGACCCAAAUCGGGACGUCCACGCCGUGGCAGCUUCACGGCAUGAAUACCUCCUUACCCUCAGGUGCUUACUGCAACUUGGCCCUGGCAACGCAGCCUGUUCCGGAAAGUUGGGCGGGUUCCUGCUUCGGUGAUGCCACAGUGGAUGUC